AGCUAAGAGGAAGACUUUAGGAAUUACACUACCCGCUCCCUUAGGUAAAUUCAAAAAAUGUUAUUCUAGGAACGUGAAAGGAAGACCAUUGGAAUUUCCUUUAAUAACACCUUUGAAUCUGAUUCGCGGCCACCUCCACCGCUAUCGCCGACUUCGUGCUGCCCUGGUGUCGGUCUUCCGAGAGCACUGUUUAGUGGGAGCUUGGGUAGAGGUUUAGAACUUCAUAUCAUUUCAUGAAGCUUCUGAUGAUGGGUGUUGCUGCAUUGUUUUCUGAUUUCUGGUAACUUGACUCUGCUCCCAAUUCAUCGUGUCGAAGUCGAUUCUCUCGGUCUGCUUGGUCGCUUUCCGGUGAAUCUGCAGCUAUCAGCUGGCUGUUAUCUGCACAAUAAUCAAGCUUACUGUGCUCACCGUAUUCUAAAUGGUUCUUUGGCCAAAGGGUGGUGACCUGCAUUGAACAGAGCAUAUCAGACGAAUUGCAGCAGAAGGGUACUGCACAUCAAAAGUAGGUGCAUCAGGCUUGUGCUCUCGCUUGCUCUGUUUAUGUAUGCGAUUCAUAACUCAAAUUUCUUCUUUGCCUGGGGUCUCGAUUGUCACAAAUGGAAGAGCAAAUCCCGAACAUAAAGAAGUGGGUCGUCCUCUACCCGGUUUACAUCAACCCGAAGAAGACAAUUGCCGAGGGCAGGCGGAUCUGCGUGACGAAAGCAUGCGAGAACCCCACUUGCAUCGAGAUCGGGGACUGUUGCAGCCGUCUCAAGCUCCGUUUUGCAAUCAAGAUCGAUAAGACGUAUCCACGAGAUUUCAUGCAGAGAGGGAGAGUGAGGGUUUUGCUCAAGAGAGAGGAUGGGACUCUGUACAAUCCAGCCAUAUCUUCCAGAAAACAGCUCAUGCUUCAUGUUGCAGAGCUGGUUCCAAGACAUGCUGGACGGACCAAGAAGCAAGAGCCAGCGUCCACCACAAGUACUGGAACUUCGAAAUCCGGCAAAGGCGGGAAAAAGAAGAGAUAGUCAAACGUUGUUGGGAUGCAUUGUCACAGUUUUAGUUCAAACGUUAGUGCAUUUGGCAGAGGCUUUUCUUCUUCAAUUCAAACGUUUCAGUUUGUGAUUGUGAAAUGAAAUAGUAUGAAUAUCAGUGAACUGAUUGCGAUGUACUUGAGCAGCUUUCCCUAUUAAUGAAACUUUAUUUUAUAAAAAGAAUUAA